GUGAAAGGUUUCUCUGUGACGCUACACGCCAGGGAUCGGGUGCUGCUCUCCUUUGCAGAGGAAUGUCGCUGCUGUGUUUGUGUGUGUCAGGACCACAGACUGGAUGGAGGUCUGACAGAUGCUUUGAGUAAAAGAUGUCGGGACGGCAGUUUGCUGACAUAUUGAAUAACCAUGAUGCUUAUAUCAACAUGCUAGUUCCCUCCACUACUGACUGUCAAGCAAGAACAUUCGUUGAGGUCUAAGAGAACAACUGCCUAAUUCAGAGAAAAUAUUCAGUAAUUUGGCAUCAGAUUCGCUUCUAAGCAUGGACCCUUGAAUUCCUCAGCCAUCAGCACACACUGGUUCUCUAUACUGUCAGUUGUGGUGUGACAAAUUGUCCGGGGAGUUCCACUGUACUACCACUCGUUUCUGUACAAGCUUGUGAAGCCUCGUGAAGAUGUUUUCAGCGCUAAAGAAGCUGGUGGGAUCUGAGCCAGGCCAGCUCAGGGACAAGAAUAUUCCGGCUGGCCUGCAGUCGAUGAACCAAAGUCUGCAGAGGCGCUUCGCAAAGGGGGUUCAGUAUAACAUGAAAAUAGUCAUCCGGGGUGAUAGAAACACUGGAAAGAGUACUUUAUGGCAUCGACUGCAGGGCAAGAAGUUUGUGGAGGACUACAUACCCACUCAGGAGAUCCAAGCCACAAGCAUCCAUUGGAAUUACAAAACUACUGAUGAUGUUGUCAAGGUGGAGGUUUGGGACGUGGUUGACAAAGGCCAAAAAUAUCCUCUUCCUGAAGGUGUAGGAAAAGGCAAAAAGCGAGGAGACAACUUGAAACUGGAGAAUGAGCCCCAAGAGUCAGAUGAUGUGGCCCUGGAUGCUGAGUUCCUGGAUGUAUACAAGAACUGCAAUGGAAUCAUCAUGAUGUUUGACAUUACCAAGCAGUGGACAUUUAACUACAUCCUGAGGGAACUGCCCAAAGUACCCACCCAUGUGCCGGUGUGUGUUUUGGGAAACCACAGGGACAUGGGCGAGCAUCGUGUCAUCCUCCCUGAUGAUAUAAGGGACCUGAUUGCUGGACUGAACAGACCAAUGGGAUCCUCUUACAUCCACUAUGCUGAGUCGUCAAUGAAGAACGGCUUUGGCUUGAAAUACCUGCACAGAUUUUUCAAUAUCCCCUUCUUGCAGCUACAGAGAGAGACCCUCCUGAGGCAGCUGGAGACCAACCAGUUGGACAUGGACGCCACACUGGAGGAGCUCUGUGUCCAGCAGGAAACUGAGGAUCAAAACUACGAGAUUUUCCUUGAGAAUUUGGAGACUCGCAGUAAAAGCUAUGGCUCUCCUGGUCCAGCCAACGGGUCCUCCUCAGGCUCCCAGUCCCCCAUUGUCCCUCCCAGUGGGGCCUCCACAGGCAGCUCCAGCCCCAGCACCCCUCAGCCCCCCAUCCCCUUCCAAGUGCUCCCACAGUCACCGUCUGUGUCAGUGUCCUCUCCGCCACCUCCCACGGCGGUGGUUAGCGGGGCACCUUCACCUACUGCUGAGUCAAAACCAUCAGCUCAGUCUCCCGAGCACCAACAGGCCUCCGCAGCAUCUAGUGGGUUGUCUUUCCAGAAACGCAGCUUCAUCUCUCGCUGGUUUGGUCCAUCAGCUGCUGCUGAUGCUCCUGUUCCUGCGUCAGAGGACCCUGCUGCACCGAUGUGUCCUCUUAAGGUUCAGAGUCUGGAUGAUUUUGUGCCAGAUGAGAGACUGGACAAGAGUUUCCUGGAGGACAGCCUGCCUUUGAAGAACAGGGUUCCUCAACCUGCACCCGCUCGAGCUGUGGACAGUGACAGUGAUGGUGAAGGCAGAGGAAACCCCAUGGUGUCUGGUUUCCAGGAUGAGCUUGACCCUGACAACACUGAGCCCAGUCUUCCUCAGCCUAAGACCCUGCCUCCCAGUAAAGAUAUUACUCUAACCAGUGACGAGGAGGAGGGAGUUCCAGCAGCCCUCACCAUCACACAGGACCAAGACCUGGACAGUGAACCUGAACUGAAGGCGCCUGUGGUUCAUAUCACAAAUCCAAAGUUGACAUCUAAAGCUCCAGAGCCCAGAGGCCAGACCACAGCGCCCAUCUCCCUCACUUUAAUCCCAACAACAGAGCAGUCAGCCCGACAAGGCAAGAAGAAGGGAAACACACCCAAAGCUGAGGACUCUGACACAGACCCUGAAGCCCCUGUCGCCCAGCAAAUAGUCUCUUUUGUCAUGGAUGACUUUGAGUCUGAAGCAUCAGACACACCAAAAAUAGCAACGGAUGCAUUUCCAAUCAGGGAUGAGCUCCUGUCCGAUAUCUCUGAUGAUGACAUGCAGAUAGCCAAAGUGCCUGAACCUCUGAAGCCCACUGUGAUCUCCUUUAAACAAAAGGACGAUACCGAUCUGUUUGGCCUCGGCAUCCAAGAGGAGGCUCCAGCAGCCAAAGACAGCAGCGAGGAACAGGAAGAGAAAGAAAGCAAAUACUCAAAAGAAAAAAAGAAAAAGAAGAAGAAAAGCAAAGAGGAGGAUGAUAAAACCAAGAAGAAACACAAACACAAGAAAAAGGAAAAAGAAGAUGCUGCUACAGUAGAUGACAAAGAGAAGAAGAAAAAGAAAUCCCGGACCAAGAAAACAGAAGUGGAUGAACUGGAGGACUUUUUGGGCGGAGGAGCAGGAUUGAUUAAAAGAGAUGAUGGGGAUUAUGAAGAACUAUAAAAGCUCCUUUGAAUUAGGAAAUGGAGCCACUGAACCGCAACAAGGGACAUGGUUGUUUAAAAACUCCUGGUUCCUUGACUUGUAUGUGCAAAAAGCAGCAUCUCCAAGCCAUACACAAUACGCAAGGCUACCAACAACACCCAGGUAAAAUAACCAAGGACUCUGGUACCUGUAUGUUCCUUCUGACUGAUUUUCCUAAUCUGCACCUCUGCGGUCACUUCCAUUCCAACCAGUAAGAAAAGGCAAGGACGCCCACAUGUACUGUAGUGAGCUGUGGUGUAAAAAAAAAAAAAAAAAAAUGUUCUUUGUACUUUGACAUGAUUGAAUAUGUUGGGUUUAAUAUUUGUCUUUGAUUUGAUACAUUCUCCAAGUGAUCCACUUCAAAUUAAGCUGCUGUAAAUAAGGAUAUCAUUGUGUCUUAGUGUUUGUGUGGUUGGUGUAAUAAUUGAGAGCAUGCUCAAUGUGAUGACUGACUCCUUAGAGACUCCAUACUGUUCAUUUUUCUUUUUCUAUUCCCUGUUUGUUAGCUGAAAUGGGUUUAAGCAGUUCUUCAGUCUCUCUAAAUACGAGCAAUGACGAAUAGUCCCAAGUGAUUUGAUAUGAGAAUCUCGUUGAUGACUUCUCCUCUUUGUUCACACUAAGCCGGCUUCAUUUUCUCUCCUGUGGUUCUUUGUCCACACUAAACCCAUUUUUAUCCAAAUGUGUUGCUUUCUCAAACAGUUGAUACAUCUUCAGACAUCUGAGUGAAGACUGACAGGCUGUGUCUGUGUGGUAAAAUAGUCAAGAAGACACCUUUCAGUUGCCUUCAUCUCUCUGAUGACCUUUUUUUAAUUGACACAGAUUGUCAAUAGGCUGCUUGGUCCGACUUUCUCAUGGUAAUAGUGAUUGCACUAACUUUUAGGGUGAGCAGAACAGGAAAUACAAGAAGAUUAUUUUAACAAACCGUAAUGAAAUCACUGUUUACAUUAACAAAAGAGAAAUCCACAAAAACGCGGUGAGUCAAGUGCUUGAUUCUAUUAAUACUUCCAUUUACGGCUGGAAUUCAAGCCAAUAUCGUAUCUCCUGUGGCCAAGGAGGUUGUUUUUGUUGUUGAGAAUAAUUCAUGCGUUUUAAUGGACAAAAUGAGGCAUGUUUAGGGGACUGAUUUCUAUGAGUAUGUGCAAUGUGGUGCAGAUCCAAAUAAAAGUCUGGAUGUACUGAAUUUGGUUUCAUAAGGAGACUUUUGGGCCUUGAUGGAUGUAUAUGCUCUACUGUGUCUCAUUCUAGUUUUCUAUCAGCCAGACUGCAUGUGGAGCUGGUCAGGCUCAGACUGUUAGUGGAUCUCACGUUUCCAUUUUGUCUCAGUGUGAAUGGAAAUGUUUUACAAACGCUCUAACGACAGGUAUUGUUUUCACACCUUUUUGGAAAUUAGCUGGCUUAGUGUGGAUCUAGUGAAACUAAUGACAGUCUCCAGGCUAGCGUUGGCCUUUGUCACCACCUGAAGUUUCUUUAGCUGCUACAAACUAUCUUCUUGCCCUGCACCAUGCACUCCUCUCUGCCACGCUACACAGACUAGAUGCUGUACAAGUCCUCUUCAUGUUUUCUGCGGUUGCCUUGACGGAGGUUACUACAAAGGACUGGUGUGCCGCUCUCCUCAUGAUCCAUUAUUAAGUGUUCUUAAUGUAAACGGUUUGGUAAUUUGUGGGCUUAAAAAUGUCCUAAAGCCUUUUUAGUUGUUGAACAGAAUCUGUCAUCCUGUUGUAAGAUUGCAGUGAAUCACUACAUGUUUGUUUGUCUUUUUGUUUAUUUUUGUCUGAAUCUCAGCGGACAGCAACAACACCAUUCCUAUAAACAGAGUAUUCUUUUUCUGUAAGUGCAGCAUUUCCAAAACUCUUCAUUCUUGUUUUAUUUAUUGCUUUGGUUUUGUUGUUGUUCUGACGUGUCAGUUUUGUUUGUGUGAUUUGUGCUGAAACUGUCAUCAACAGUCCAAAAAAUCAUGUCGCUUUUCUUAUGGUAUAUACUUGUUCACAUUUGCGAGCUUUGUCCUGUAAACUAUUCUCCAACAGUUUGUCGCCACUUCUUUUGGGAGGAAAAAUACAGUGAUAUGAACUUCCACUCUUCUCAUGUGUAACUUCUUUUGUCCAGACGCCUCAAACCGUGGCUGAGACGGAGAUGACGUUCAGUAUCUUCCAUGAACUGCAUCACCAAAAUGUUUCAAAUGAGUAAUGUCUUCUUGCAUCUAAGAAAUAUAAUAUGUAUUUUUAGACCCGUUUUGACAAGUGACAGAUUUCAUAAAUUUUUCAUCUCCCAUACACAUGGUUACUAUGUUGGUUUACAAAGAAAUAAUGUUUGAUAUUCCAAAAUUGAAACUAUGCAGCAUUGAUCCUGAAUACUGUACGCUUUUUUUUCUUUUUUCUUUUCUGGUCUGUCAUGUGAUUGAGGAUAAAUGCUGAUAGCAGUUUCAAGCUAAGCAUGAGACUUAAAUGUACAGUAAAAAGAGAAUGUAUAAAGUAUAUAAAUGAAUAUAUAAAUAUAUAUUUGAAGAGCUUUGUUCCAAAAUGUUGUCUACACCAUGCAGAAACAUUGUCCCUGAAAUCUUAUCAAAUGGUUUUAACAGGACAUUUCCAGAUGGGAUAGGUUACUAGAAAUCAUGUUAACUAAAGUAAUAAUGCACUUAUAUUAUACACUCAGUUGUCAGUUUACACAUUUAUAUAUAGCCAAAACGUUUGCAGUCUUACUGGACUUCAUAAUGUUCAGUUUGUGUGGAUAUUGUUAAAGAGAUGAUGAUUCAACUAAAGAAUAAUGUCAGUCAUCAGUUUGUGAGAUGCUGUCGAACUACAUUGUAUUAUGUAGUUUUAGCAUGGUGUUCCUAAUCAACUGAGUGUAUAUCAGAAAUACUGGAUUUGGGAAUUUUUUUCUGCAUGGAUAUAUCAUAUUUAGGGAUGAAAUCCUUCAUUUAAUUUUCACUCCAUGACAUGUCUCAUCUUUACACUGUGUGCGAGUUUGCUUAUGUUUGGUUUGUCCCAUAAAUGCAAAUAUUUCUUCAUAAA